ACGAUUUUCCCUAGCUCUCCACUACUAUACGUCCUGAAGGAAACCUCUAGAGCACAGGCAUCAAACAUUCACUACGGAGAAUUCAUUUAUUGAGCCUUCGUGCAAAAGAUAUGACUAAUUUUCGAGUAGUGAAAAUUUCCGAAUAGAAAGUGUGUAUUGUGUGAUGACAUGUGAUUUAUGUGGGGAUAUGUGACGUUUCCCCUGCAUGAGUUCGUAUCGAGAAGCAAACUUUCGGAUCGAUUAUCCAGCUAAUUAGUGCGAACAGUAGCAGGUGGUUGCGAACCAACUCAGUGAGAGUAUCUCGAUUGCGAUGUCACAAGGAAAACUGUGUUCACAUAUGUUUCGCGAAAAUUGAGCUUUUCCUAUCUGUUUUUGCUUUCUUACUGCUGCAGUUCUCACGAAACGUGGAAGUCCUGGCGCAGUAAUUAGCUAGUGCAUUACAAUCAGAGCGGAAAAUUACUUUUCCAUCCGCAGUUCCUUUUCGUACAGUGCUCUGUUAGUAGGUAAAAAAACGUGGUGGAGGAGGUGCAAAAAAUUGCGACUAACUAUUGUUCUGUGGACACCGAGUGAAGCAAUUGCGUCGUGGAGAAGAGUUAUUGCUAAGAGCCGUAUAGGCCAUCUGGUGCUUUCAUCUGUACGGCCAAACCGGAGGCAGGUGGCCGCCGCUGCAACCCUGUAACUCAUACGGAAGAAAAUGAAGCCGUACCAACCGUCGGAGAAGUUGGUGGUACGGGACAGUGUCUCCCUCAGUAUGGACGAAGAUCUGAGCGAUGACGUUGAAGACGAAGUGUUCAUACGGGAUGGUCGCACUUGUCGAACGUACGAGGACCGUGGGGCGAAACGUCCAUUGAUGACACCCAGAAGUCGAGGUGGAAUGAAUAGCAAAUCAACAAGUUGUGGAACGUCAAGUCCAAUUUUGAAAAAAUAUCGCAGGCGACGGUGCUGGAACUGCUGUGAACCAUUCUGCUACGGGUUAGCUGCUAUAACAGUGCUUAUCGGCCUCAUCGUACUAGCGGCACUAUUGCUAACGGCUUUCCCGGCGCCAUUGCAAAAAAUCAAAGUCUGGCUGCACAAGGAGUCCCCCUUUAGCGGAGCCGUCAUUCGAGACAGAUUUAACAGUUUGCUGUACAGCGGUACGGACGAGAGCAAUUCUUCACUGGAGGUGGUGCCCUGCACUCAGAUCACUGUGCAGAAGGUUUGGACUCGGGUGAUCGCUCGGGUCAACAGUGAAAGUCCGCUACGAAAGUUGGACGUCAACGGGGACGGGGUACUGGAUGUGAUUGUCGGGUACGGCAUCGAUGAAAUGAUCGACGAUGCGCGUGGUUCUAUUCCGAGGUGUACCUCGCAGAAGACGGGUCUGACGGAUAUGUGCGGGGGAGGGUUGAUGGCUCUGAAUGGCCUUAAUGGGGAUACGAUGUGGCAGCGGUGGACAUCGUUUACGAUUUUUUCACUAAAGUGUGCAAUCGACAUUAACUCCGACGGGCAGAGUGACUGCGUGGCAGCUGGAAGGGGAGGUUUAAUACUGGCGGUUGAUGGAAAAAAAGGUAACAUUUUAUGGGAAUUGAAGGACUAUUCGGACUUGGAGAGCUAUGCCGAAACGAGUAUUGAUUUGUAUACGAUCAAUGUGGUGAGGGAUUUGAACAAUGAUGGAAUCGCGGAUGUCCUUGCGGUCCAUGUAGAGGAAACUCAAAGAGCCCAUGGGGGACAUAUCAAGUUGAUUUCCGGUGCCACUGGGAUAAUUUUGAAGAGCAUUCCAACGCCAUACAGGGAGGAGAUGUUUGUGCCGAUUCAGGUUCUGGUACAGAAGGACGGCUCGGAGCAGUUUUUGAUGGUUACUGGAGGACAAAACUCGCCUGGAGGGAUUUAUACCUUGAAACAAGAAAGCUUGAUGAAGUUCACUGACGAGAAGGACUUUGUUCCUGUCACGCGAAUCGAUUCAUCUGGGUUUAUGGUACCGGCAGUUCUGACUGAUCUGAAUGGCGAUUCGGUAGAAGACCUUGUUGUGAGUUCUUUCAAUUCCACUGUCUAUGCGUUCGAUGGGGCGAACAAGACGCAACUUUGGGCCUACACUAUACCUGAUUCGGAGAGCGUCAGCUCUGUAGUUCCUGGUCAUUUCGAUCAUGACAAUGUAACGGAUUUUAUGGUAAAAUACAAUACUGGACCCGGUUUCCCGAUCUACUAUUACUCGCAAACGACCAUUUUGAAUGGCACAAAUGGGCAACCUUUUCUAGAUGAUAGCGUGAAGGACUCUGGUGGUCCUAACAGUUUGCUUGGAGGUGUAACCGUUUCCCAGACAGGUGGAGGUGACUUCUUCCUACACUGGCAGGUUCAGUGUAGAAACAAGCUCAAAACCACUGAGGAGUAUCAAUUUAUUCCAGAGAGCGACAUUAUACAGCAAUCCCGGGCAGACACUUGUAUGCUCCGAUACAAUGAAUCAUCGGUGCUUAAACUAUACGCUAUCAACCGUCACAUGGAGCCUCCAGGGGCGGUAAUAUUUUCCACAGACGAUCUGCAGAUCAAGCUCAAUGGAACCGAGAGCCAACAGCAGCGAGAAGAAUACGUGGCGCCAAUAAAACAUCCGAAGAUGAAGCUGAAAGGUAAGAACGAUGGGCGGAAAGCCAGUGACACGCAACAAAUCCAGGUGCGUAUGGACAAAAAGCUGGAUCAGCAUAGUGCUCCGGGUAGUGUGGAAUCGAAUCAGGCGGCCGAUGAUGUAGGUGUCGUGAUGACGGGUCCUAACAAGUCUGCUGAAAUGAAAAAACAAAGACUUCGCGAGCAGAUGUUGAAAACCAACAGAGUACCGGAGCCGCUGGAAGUUCAGGAAGAGAACAAACGAAAGGAAAAGUUAAAUAUGAAUAACGUUUACAAGAAGUAUACUUAUAAUGCUAAUGACGGCGAAGAUCUGUGGAAUGGCGGCAACGAAAAACCUUAUAUUUAUCUGCCUUACGAUCAAGGGGACCCGAAUUCUCAAAACCCAUUUAUGCAGAAUCAAAUUCCUGUACCACCACCGCAGCUCGAUUACGACUACGGUGCGGUUAACGACGAGAAUGAUCGCCGCAGAUAUCAGAGGCCGCGCUAUAGAGGCAGUGAGAAUCGCUACUCAGGUGGAAGAGACGUAAGAAGUAAAUUUGGAGUUUUUGAUGAUGUCGAUAUGCACGAUCCAUCUCUAGAGAACCAAGUAAUCAACGAAACCAAUAUAAACUCGCAGAUAGUGAAAAAAGUUCUUCUCAACGAUGUAAUAUUGGACGAAUUGAAAGAAAUUGAGAGUAAUUCCAAAGGUUCUAAGGAAACACUAUGGGAUCUGGAGAUGGAAAAGGAAGCCAAAGAAGCGAUUAACGAUGUAAGUUCUUUGAACUACGACUACAACAAGGAAAAACGUGAAUCAGAGUCAAAAGCAGUGUCGGUUCAACCAUCAAGCAGUACGCCCACUCCAACGACAACGGAAUCGCCACCGAACGAAAACAUUUUGCCAUCGAUCGCUUCUACUGGAGUGCUGCUGAAAUCACUCAACUCUUCCAGCGUGAGCCCAACUAUCGACUACGUGUUCGUGAUGAACAUUCGCGAGUCCGAAACCUAUCCGCCACUAUUCUUCGAGCAGGAUCUGGCCUGUGUGCAGGAGAAGCUCUCCGCUUACCAGACCUUCAGUACUGACGACUUGCUACAGCUGGAGAAAAAGUUCCUAAAACAAUGCCUGAAAGCACGACUUCCGAACCUGACACCUAGUUACCAGAAAUUCGAAACGCAAAUAAUCGUCACCCGUGUGGAGAUUGGCUGUUCGUGCGAUACAGAUUUGAACCCUUCGCGGGAGGUGUGUUCCAAGCUGCACAGUUAUGAGCAACAACGGUGGACCGAGUACAUGGGAAACACCGGAAGCGGAGCCUACUGAGAUCAAGGCGGAGAGGGUGAGAUGGUCUGAUGCGAGGCAAUAGCCACUAAUCGAACCGAAAGCACAAUCAAACCAAUUUCUUUUACUACUUCCGGCAGAAGCUCAUCCUGAAUCAAACAAACAAAAAACGCUAACUUUCCUGGCCGAAUUUCAGCGUCUCUUCCAAACUGUAAAUCGCUAGUAGAAAGACAUAGGUUUUCCCCUUCAAAGUAUAAAUUACACUGUACAAAUUGCAACACAUAUUGACGUACCCUCAAUCGGAACAUGCACCAUAGGAGCGAGAAUCGACGAGAAAAUGUUGCCCAAUUUGUUUUUGAAGAAAUUGUUUUUUAAGCUCUAUUACAACAUUUUAGUGGUGGAAGUACUACAGAUAGGAUAUGGCGGUUGAUGGAGACAAACAAAUGUUUAACGUAAAUAAGUAGAAUAGAGCAAUGCAUAUAAACAUAUUUCAAGGCAUAUAUGAAAAGAACUAAAAAGCAGUAAUAUUUAUUAUUUUCUAAUAAAAAUAUCAUUAUUUACAGAACAUAUGUAACAAGGUGGUGAAAUUGAAUCAUUGUAGAACAAUACUAUAGCGAAAGGUGUAAAUAAGAGGAUAGAGGAAAA